AUGUCUGAUUAUAUUAUCUGUGUAAUAUUUUCGGGUGUAUCAACACCGGCGUACUGCGCGUCGCGACGUCCGACACACGAGUGCAGCGUCGUGUCGUGUGUUGCACCGAAAUUUCGUUACGGCCCGCCCUCCCCUCGCGGCCGACUGUACCAAAUAUUCGCAAAAUUUUUCCGAAUCGCACAACGCCAUCUAUGGGCGAUAGGAAGCCCCCUUCCCCCCGGUGUGGCCUUGAACUUGACAACACAUCGUUGCGACCCAGUUUCGCGCCGGGCCCGCUCCCCCCGCCGCCCCGCAGACCCCGCAGCCCCCGACCACUGUCACGGCCGCCUCGGCUGA